CCCGUUCACCUCCACUCGACUCGUUCGCUCUCAACCCGGACUCACCAAAACCCCAAAAAAAAAGCCCUAGCAAAACCCUAAUCGAUCUCGAUGGAAACCGGCGGCAAAGCAAAGAAGGGAGCAGGUGGCAGGAAGGGCGGCGGCCCGAGGAAGAAGGCCGUUUCUCGCUCCGUCAAGGCCGGGCUCCAGCGCGCAGUCGGACGUAUCGGCGAUAGAAAAGGGCCGUACGCCAGCGGUGUCGCCACGGGAGCUCCGGUGUACCUCGCCGCCGUCCUCGAGUACCUCGCUGCCGAGGUUUUGGAGUUGGCGGGAAAUGCGGCGAGGGACAACAAGAAGACGAGGAUCGUCCCGAGGCACCUGCUUUUGGCGGUGAGGAACGACGAGGAGCUCGGGAAGCUGCUCGCCGGGGUCACCAUCGCCCACGGCGGUGUUCUGCCGAACAUUAACCCCGUGCUUUUGCCGAAGAAGACGGCGGCGAAGGAGGAGGGGGCUGCGAAGUCCCCCAAGAAAGCUGCCAAGUCACCAAAGAAGGCAGCCUAAUGGAUUUAUACCGGCUAGGGUUUGGGUGUUUGGGAUGUUUGGGCUACUGGUGUUGUUGUAUUGUAUGUAAUUUUGUUGGGGGUUUUAAAUGUCUUUUUUUUAAUGAAUCUCUGGCGAUUUCAGUGGGAUAGGAUUUGUAUCUUGCUUUUAAUUUGAAGGAAACGUUAUAAAUCUUUCUCGUUUAGUGG